GACGCUGCCUCCUCUCCCCGCCCGGCUCCCGCCCCUCCUGCGCGCUGCUCCCGGUAGAUGGAGCAUCCUCAUCGCUUUUCGCCCGAAGCCCUCAGAAAUGUUGGUCUUUCCCUCAUAACUCCCGCUGUUAAAGCAAGAGGGCGGUUUCUGGGGGACAGGCUCCCCGCCGAUGUGGCCCUGAGGGAGCGCAGCGCUGCGGCCCGGGAGCCCCUCCGGGAGCCGCCCGUUCACCUGCUGCGUGAACGGCCUCGGCCCCUUCUCCCGGCGGCUGAACCUUCUCCGGGCUUGCCCCACAGCCCUGGCUCCCACCACCUCCGGUACGGCGUGGAGGUGACAAGGAAUUACUUCAGAUUUUCUUUCACAUCGUGUAAAAGCAAAAAUAUUCUGCAUUGACCUGUGGCUUGAGUUUACAUAAUGAGUGACGAACUUUUGACCAGCUUGGACAAACUUCUGGUCGAGCUUGCUUUCCAGGUAGAACAAGGUUCUUUUGCUAAGGAACGUGUGAAUCAACAGAUAAACUCAUAUGCUGCAGAAUUCGCAGUAAAAAAGGAUAAAAUUGCUAAGUUGGAGGAAAAUAUAAAGAAUGGCAAUGAGGAAAUAGCUGAUUUGAAAAAGCAACAUGAGAGCAGUAAGAAGAACUGUAAUGUUUGGAAGCCCACCUAUAAAAUUCUUAGCAAACAUGAAGAAUAUGUGAAAAAUGAACUUGAAGCUUUAGAGGAAGCUACAGAAAAUGAGAGGAAAAUGUAUGAGGAUUGCAUAACCCAGUAUAAGGAGGUUUUGGAGGAACACCACAAAAAAUAUGCAGGGACUGCUUUUGCCCAGAGGCAUUACAAAAAAAAGGAGGAAGUUGAAGAAAUCCAAAAGAGAGUUUUGAAACACUGGAAAAAAUACAAGUGGAAGGAAGAUGCUCGCUUGGAUCUGGGUACAGCUCUUAUCAAUGUUUUUACACUAAAGCCUAUUGGCAGUGCACUGCACAUUAAAGAGGCUGUUCCUUUUAAAUCUGUAAAUGAUUGGUCUGUGCACAUUGCAUCUUCGAAGCAAAAAACACAGGAAAUGUUACAUCUUGCCACUGUUGCUGCACAAGAACUCGUCAAACUGAAAAAAGAAGCAGAUGAAUUAGAAAUGAAGAUUGGUUCUUUAGAAAAGAGACUUGAAGCGGCUACAGAAGAUCAAGAUAACUCUGAAAUGAUUGAAGGAAAAAAUCAAAAAAGUCUCGAGAAACCAAAGGAGUUUAAAGAAAGGGUGUUUGAAGAACCUGAACACUCACCUUUGCCAAAAGAGAAACACCAGUGGUGUAAACCAUUACCUGUCCUACACAUUCCUCAGAAAUUGGUCCAGUCUGUACAGAGUAUUAGAUUCUCAAAUCAACAACCAGAAACAGGGAGAGAAGACGAAGAAAAAACAAUGGAACUUUCAGUUGCCACUAGCAGUUCCUCCAAUCUUGCAGAAAAUUUGUCAGAGAUGGUUAUUGACACCGCAGGGACCAAUAACCCACGAAUUGCCCAAGUUCCAUCAAUAGCAAGCAUACAAACCCCUAUGAAAUUCAGAGUGACAAAUCCUCCAAAGCAGUUGACUUCCAGUCAGCAGUUUGAGAGUAAAAAGGCAGUAAUGGCAAACCAAGAGGCCAAACGUGGUGAUAAAGAAGCAGAUGAGCCAAAGGAAUCUUCGCACAUACCUCAAGAUGUACACACGUGUUUUAAUCCAAAUGAAGAUAAUCCUGACAUAGUGGAAGAAAGUGCAGAACCAUUUUUAAGAACACCUAAAACACCUGACUUAAAGGGGAAGAAGAUGCAGUUCUCUGAAACACCUCCCUUUGACUUCAUUCAAAAUUUAGGUUGUGAAGAAGGAACAUCAAAAUCUCCUGCUUUCUUUUCUCUCAUGAACUUCUCCCAGAAGUCACCUGGCUUUAACUUCUUUGGUUCUUCUGUGUUUGGGGCACAAAACUCAUCUGAUGAGGCAGAAGAAAAUUUUCCUGUGGGAAACCUGAACACUCAGUCCCCACACAAAGAUAUUGGGAGCUUCUUUGGGAAACCUGAAAGUGAGGAUGCAUUUGCCUUUCCCUUCGCCUCAGAAUCAACUUCUCAUGCAUUUGGAGAUGGAAAAGAUGACUUCAGUUUUCCAUUUGCAUUUGGACAGGAUCAGAGAUCAUCACAAUCUCCUUCUAUGAAAGGUUUUCAUUCUUCCUUACAAAAUACAAAGCAAUUUACACUCUUUUGAAUGCCUUUGACUUCCUUUUAAAUUCUUUUCCUACUUAGCCUUGACAAAUGUUUUCAGUUUCUGAAGUUAAAGUACAAAGCAUUUCAUCUUCUCCUUUCAUUUCUGUAAGAAAUAAUGUAAGAAUACAUUACUGUAGUUACUGCAAGAACAUGUGUGUGUUGAUGCAGAUUUAUUUUUCUUAUUUAUUUUUUAAAGGUGUUUUUUUCAUAAAAUGUUAUGAUAUGCUCUUGCCAAAUUGGCACUUAGAAGCAGCAGAAAUAUCAUUUUACAGUAGUGAGUUAAUUCAAUAUCUGUGUGAGAGCAUCUAAACAUCUAGAUGACUACUUUCAGCCUCUGAUAUAAACUAAAUUACUUGUGUUAGUAAGAGUGACUGUUUAUUGUAGCAGUAAAAGCUGAAUUUGAGUUAAAGACACUGUUUUAAGCAUUCUGUGUGUAACAGCUGAUUUAUAAUUUUGAAAUAAACAUUUUUGUUAAUUUUA